UCCACUCUAUGCCGACGACGGCCAACAUUCCACCGCGUCGCUCGUUCGCCGCUGUCCGGGGGGGUGGGUGGGGGGGCGGACCACAACCGCGUGAGGAAAGUGCCGUGGAAAACCAAAAACUCUUUUGCCAGCAUGAACAACAGUUUCUUGAACAUGGCGUCGAUAGGCGACUUCGACCCACUCCACGCGUCCAUUCCGGCCACCAAAGUUGAAAUCACGGUGUCCUGCAGGAACCUACUGGACAGAGACACCUUCUCCAAAUCCGACCCAAUUUGCGUCCUCUACACGCAAGGCAUGGGCAACAAAGAGUGGAGAGAGUUUGGGAGAACCGAGGUGAUCGACAACACGCUUAAUCCAGACUUUGUGCGGAAAUUCAUUUUGGACUAUUUCUUUGAAGAGCGACAGAAUCUUCGAUUUGACUUGUACGACGUCGACUCCAAGAGUGCCAACCUGUCAAAACACGACUUUCUGGGCCAGGCCUACUGUACACUGGGCGAAGCGGUCGGGUCUUUGGGCAGCCGCUUAGAAAAGCCUCUUGGAGGCAUCUCCGGCAAGAAAUGCGGCACUAUUAUUGUGAAAGCCGAGGAGCUGAAUAACUGCAGGGAGUCGGUUAUGAUGCAGUUUUGCGGGAACAAGUUGGACAAGAAGGACUUUUUCGGCAAGUCGGACCCCUUCCUGGUGUUCUACAGGAGCAACGAGGACGGCACGUUCACCAUCUGCCACAAGACGGAAGUGGUGAAGAAUACGUUGAAUCCAGUGUGGCAGGCUUUUAAAAUCCCCGUUCGAGCUCUCUGCAACGGAGAUUAUGAUAGAACAAUCAAGGUCGAGGUGUACGACUGGGACAGAGACGGCAGUCACGACUUUAUUGGGGAGUUCAGCACCAGCUACAGGGAAUUAUCCAGAGGGCAGAGUCAAUUCAAUGUCUACGAGGUGGUAAAUCCAAAGAAGAAAGGGAAAAAGAAAAAAUAUCUCAACUCUGGAACGGUAACAUUGCUGUCAUUCCUCGUGGACAUCGAAGUCACCUUCCUGGACUACAUCAAGGGAGGGACGCAGAUUAACUUCACAGUGGCCAUUGACUUCACUGCUUCCAAUGGUAACCCAGCCCAGCCCACCUCCCUCCACUACAUGAGCCCCUACCAGCUGAACGCCUACGCCAUGGCCCUGAAGGCGGUCGGCGAGAUCAUUCAGGACUACGACAGCGACAAGAUGUUCCCCGCGCUUGGCUUCGGAGCCAAGCUGCCGCCUGAUGGGCGGAUCUCCCACGAGUUUGCUUUGAAUGGAAACCCUCAGAACCCUUACUGUGCAGGAAUAGACGGCGUGAUGGAAGCCUACUACCAGAGCCUGAAGUCAGUCCAACUAUACGGACCCACCAACUUCUCCCCUGUGGUUAACCAUGUUGCCAGAUAUGCGGCAUCGGUGAAAGACGGCUCGCAGUAUUUUGUUCUCCUCAUCAUCACAGACGGCGUCAUCUCCGACAUGGCCCAGACCAAGGAGUCCAUCGUCAACGCUUCCUGUCUGCCCAUGUCGAUCAUCAUCGUGGGGGUCGGACCUGCUGAAUUUGACGCCAUGAUUGAAUUGGACGGCGAUGAAGUCCGAAUUUCAUCCAGAGGAAGAUAUGCGGAAAGAGAUAUCGUUCAGUUUGUCCCGUUCCGAGAUUACAUCGACCGGACGGGGAAUCACAUCCUGAGCAUGGCGCGUCUGGCCAAGGACGUCUUGGCCGAGAUUCCGGACCAGUUCCUCUCCUACAUGAGGACCCGCGGGAUCAAGCCCGCGCCCGCCCCUCCUCCCUACACGCCUCCGGGACAGCCCCUCCAAACGCAGAUAUGAAGGAAAAGAAAGCCUGGACAAGGUGCAUGCAUAUAGCGGCCCCGCACUACCUCUUCCAACCAUGCGUCUGUACUGAGGUGGGUUGUGUGCGUAUGUGUGUGCGUUUGAUAGAGAGUUCGCAUUGUCUCUCUGUCUGUCAGUCUUCCUUCUAAUCCUUCUUACAAUGUCCCCUUUCUCUGCUGUGUUUCCAUCCAUGCUCCAAUUCGCUGUUGCCGAUAUACACGUUACAUGUAUUAUAAUGUGGAUUUCACAUUUGAAACACUAGUGGACUUAACGGCGUUAUUAGCCCCCUCGUUCAAUGUGAUUGACGGAUGUUGAAGUCAAAUACAGUGAAGAAAAUAAGUAUUUGAACAGCCUGCUAUAUUGUAAGUUCUCCUACUUGGAAAUUAUGGAGGGCUCUGAAAUUUUCAUUGUAGGUACAUGUCCGCUAUGAGAGAGAUAAUCUAAAAAGAAAAGUCCAGAAAUCGCAAUGUAUGAUUUUUGGUCAUAAUUCCACAAACCGCAUUUUUAGGAAGACGAAUGAUGAGUUCCAUCCCAAGAACACCAUCCCUACUGUGAAGCAUGAUAGUAGUAGCAUCAUGCUUUGGGGGUGUUUUUCUGCACAUGGGGCAGGACGACUGUGCUGCAUUAAGGAGAGAAUGACCGCGGCCAUGUAUUGUGAGAUUUUGGGGAACAAUCUCUUUCCCUCAGUCUGAGCAUUAAAGAUGGGUUGUGGCAGGGUCUUUCAACAUGACAAUGACCCGAACACCCAGGAAAACCAAGGAGUGGCUCCAUAAGAAGUAUAUCAAGGUUCUAGCGUGGCCUAGCCAGUCUCCAGCCCUAAACCCAAUAAAAACUCUUUGGAGGGAGCUGAAACUCCGUGUUCCUCAGCAACAGCCCAGAAACCUGUCUGAUCUAGAGAAGAUCUGUGUGGAGGAGUGGGCCAAAAUCCCUCCCGCAGUGUGCCAGGUGAACAACUACAGGAAAUGUUUGACCUCUGUAAUUGCAAACAAAGGCUACUGUACCACUCUGUUUACAUUGGUUUUCUCAGGUGUUCAAAUACUUAUUUGCACCUGUAAUACACAAAUAUUUCAUUUAAAAAAAAUCAUACAUUGCGAUUUGUGGAUUUUUCUUUUGAGAUGAUCUCUCUCACAGUAGACAUGGACCUACGAUGAAAAUUUCAGACCCUUCCAUGAUUUUUAAGCGGGAGAACUUGUAAAAUAGCAGGGUGUUCAAAUACUUAUUUUCUUCACUGUAUGCGUUACACGUAUCAUAAUGUUGAUUUCGCCUUUCAAACACGGGUUAACGCCACAUGUGGACUUAGCGGCGUUAUUAGCACCCUCGAUCAAUGCCAUUGACGGCUGUUGAAGUCAAAUAUUUACAUUAACACGGAGGACUGGCAGGGAAUGAGGCACACUAAUAAUCUCAAAAAAUGGCCUACAGAAUAGGGCGUCAUGGCCACAAAAAAUCUUUUUCUUUUCAUUUGAAGAAGUUUUUUGAGACUUUUUGGCGACACCCUCCAAUUAAAUCAAAUUACAAUGUGUGCAGGAAUUAAAAAGUUGUCUUUUACCGAAGGUGGGGGGUUGUACUUUUGAGAUAUCAAAUUAAUAUUUUUCUGAGGGGCGGGGGGGACAAAAGUUGUACUGCAAAGUCAAUAAAGUAUUAGUAAAUACCGUAAUCAUUUUGUUGGGAUGAAAAGUACUAAUCUUGCUAGAGUAAAAAAGUGAGUGACCAAAAUCAUACUCUUAAAAUAGUACUGCACGACUUUUUUUUUUUUUAAUAUAAAAUGAUCUUCUCCCUUGUGUGUUUUUAUUUUCUUUUUUGCCUUCCAUGUUUACAAAUGGAAAUACACCGUAAUUUCCGGCCUAUAAGCCGUGACUUUUUUCACACGCUUUCAACCCUUCGGUUGAUGCAGUGAUGCGGGUAAUUUGUGCAUUUUUUUUCUAACUGCCGCAAGGGGGCACACGAGCGGAAAGGGUAAGAGUGAGACUUGGUGGAAUAUAUGUGCCGAGGAAGUGACUUUUACCGGUUUGGCGCUAGUUAGUUUUCUGUAUGUUUUGCUAGCGUGGUGGCACUACCGUUAGCGCGAAACUCUCUGUGUACCAUCUUUCUUUGUAAAUAUCUCGUGUUUAAACGUGGGCACUUGCGGUUUUUACACAGCUGCGCCGUAUGUAUGUAUGUAUGUACCAAAUGGUAUUUCCUUUACAAAUCUACUGGGUGAGGCUUAUAAUCAGGUGCGCUCUGUAGGCCGGGAAUUACGGUAAUCGAAAUACUCAAGGACCAUUUUGAAGCAAAUGUGUGAUGAGAGUUUGUUUUUCUCAAUUUCUGCUUUAUUUUUCGAGAUACUUUCCCUUAUGAAUGGAAACACAGUCGCACUCUGUCUCUUCUCGGCCUUGGCAGUGAUGCCCACAUGCUCGGGGGUUUGUACAUACUGGAUGUGUGUCGUACACGUGUGGUCUUUGCAUCACUUCUUCUGUUCAAAAAGACUGCAGCUGCUCUCAAACGUCGUUUGAGCGGAAAGAGCCCAGUGAUCAAAAAUGCAAAGAAAAUAUCGAUUUUUUUUUUUUUUUUUUUUUUUUGUCAAGUAUCCCCCCCCCAAAAAAAAGAAAAACUAUAGUGUAUUAAUUUGAUUUUUUUUUUUUCUUCGAAUGUGAAACGAUUUAGCAGUGACGUUAUCGGAAUGUGAUCAAAAGUAUUUAAACUGACUAAGAAUGCAACAUGUUUAGCUUGUAUUCUUUGUAUAUGUGAAGGAAUCAUUCAUUGCAGACAAAGUUCAUUUUUAUCUCAUUAUUGAUCUGAAUUACCUAAUGUAUUUUCAUCGCGGUGGUGGCUAAUAUCGCCAUAUAGGUGUCAUUUUCCUUAUGACAAGCCAGUGUAACAAAUAACUUGAGUACAAAUCUAUGAUUUAAAAAAUAUUUAAAGACUGAAGGCUGGCUGGACGUAUCACGCAGUGGGACCAAUCCGACGUAUCUGACAAAAAGUAUAACGUUGCCCUUUAUUAUUUUUAUAUUGAUCAGGAAAUGGUAGCAAAAUAGUGCGGACCUCGCCAAAUUGCGACAUUCUUAACUAUUGUAGCAGUGCCAAUAAGGCUGACAUAUUGAAGCGCGUCCGUGUGUGUGUGUGUGUGUGUGUGUGUGUGUGUGUGUGUGUGUGUGUGGGAGGGGGGGGUGGAUAUGCUCACCCACUGCGUUCAAGCCAUCGCUGGACACAUCAUUAAGACUGCAGGUCAGAAUAAGGGAGCUCAUUACGGCGCCAGGUAAAACCUUUUUUUUUUUUUUUUUUUUUUAAUCCACUGCUACAGGGUGGGGUCAAAGUGGACUUUAUUGUUGCCGUCACGGGUGGGAAGGCCGCAGAGGGUUUUCACCUGGCCCAGCUGCAUGGUACAAGCAGACGGCGGUCAGGGGAGGACACGUGACAUUAAACAACUGAUCUAGAAAAAAAGAAAGACUGGAUAGCGCAUACACAUCGAGCGGUAUGUCGAUUUGUUGAAGCUAGUUAGCCGCCAUCUUGGUACUCACAAAACGUGUGGAGGACACGGUUUACUGGUUGGAUUAUGGUGGGAUUUUUCCUCACAAUUUGGCAUGUGGAAUUAAAAUUGGUCGUGUGAGUUUGACAUUUUUUAAAGAUUUUUAAUUCGAUUUGGUAAGCCAAAAAAAGCCUAAAUGCAAAGGAAAGACAUAGAGCGCAGUGAAUAGCAAGAAACCUUGCAUAUUACCUAGGGCCCGAUUUCCGUGAUCUCAAAAUACGCUGUGAAGCAAUGUCAUCAUAACAUAGCAAAAAAUCAGCAUUUUUUUUGUCAUAAAACAUUAAAUUUUAAGACAAUCAGUUAGAUAUAUUUUGGGAAAUAAGGACUUGCAAUGGGAAAAUACACACUAAACAUUUGUUUGUGCUCUCUGCGACGUCCUGUUUCAAUUUCAACUUGUUUCCUCGCAUUUGAAAAUCAAAUUAAAUUUUCGCAGUUCUGUAUUAUGAAAUUAAUCAAAAGAUUUCACAGAAAAUGUGUUUUCUUGCUUGCCCGCUGAUGGAAAAUGUUUACAUCGCUUUUUCGUGAAAAAAACCUCAGCCUAUAAAUGUGAAGCGUGAACAGUGAACAACAACAACCGUAAACAAAACUUUGUUGAAGUGAAUUAAGCUCAUCAGAAAAAAAAAAAAAAAAAAACUUUACAAACAAACUUUAACAAUGUCAAAGUAAAUCUUUCCAAUUUACCUGUGGAAUGUUUUCUCACAGCCACGAAACUGGCGAUUAACGCUGCACAGGUCGGCAUGGUUGUUUUGGGAGUAUCAAGAUGGCGGAUGGCGACUACAGUUUUGGUGGCCAAUGAGCCAUCCAGUCUUUUUUUGUUGUUGUUUUUGUUUUUUUUUUAGAUCAGUGCAUUAAACAGUGAGGAUAACGCAGUAGAGAAAAUGAAUGAACGUUCACUUUUGCACAUAAUACUGCUUACAACCAUACUCUUCAUUAUUCAAACCAGAUCUUUAUGAUAAUACACGAACGAUUACCGCUUCUAAUUAAUUUGACAGAUUCAUGUCGAUCUAUUAUCGUGCGUGUGUGUGUUUGUACGCAUGUGUGCGCGCGCGGGUGUUGCCUUUGUACAAGUGUUUCAAUAGACUUAACGUGACAAAGAUCUUUGUUUACCGAAAAAGCUAUCCAAAUACUAUAUUGUAUGCUUGUCAUAUCUUCUGAAUAAUGUGCACUAUGUUUGCAUGUACAGUUUUACAAAGGAUGCACCGGUUCCUUUUUGUUAACUACGACUGUGUCUUUUGAAGUAUAUGAUAUGGAAAAUCAUUGUAGACAAAAAAAACACAACAAAAAAAAAAUGGCCUUAACUGAUUUUUCUGGAAAUUGUGCGAUGCCUUCUUUUGAGGAAUUAUUUUGUGUCAGUGUUUAUAUUGCAUUCUGGUGAGAUUUUGUUGCACUUUUUUUUUUUUUUCCCAGGAGAGGCGAGUGUUUUUGUUUUUUUUUGUUUUUUAAAAUCGUGAUUACUAAUCAGUGAAAGCAUGGCUGAAUACUGAUUGUCUUAUUAUAUAUGAUAGAUGACUAUUUCUGUAUUGAACUCUGGAUUUUUGA